AUGGCGGCUACAAUCAGAACCUACAAAGGUCUUGUCACCAAACGCAAGCAAACGAUUUUCAAUUGGUUAGGCGAAAGCAGCACUCUUUUACUCACUCCUUGCGAAGAAUCACUGAAACAAGAACGCGCUCAUGACGUAAGCGUAGCUUUGAAAGAAUGUGACGAAAAUUUUACUUUUUUGGAAAGCUCGAUGGCAAAAUUGGCAAAUGCCUACGACGAAUACGAAGAUCACUAUGCUGAUGAUGACGAACAACUAAGCAAAUACAUAGAAGCCGCUCAGGAAGUUAACCAUGAACCUUCACACUCACAAAUCGAAACUGAGGCGCGUUCUACAUGA